AUGUCGUCUUCAACAUUAGAAUCCCUGGCCUCAACGGUCUAUGCGAAGGCCAAAGAACUGGCCGAACUUACUAAAGAACACGGGGUUGGCCCAAGUAUCGAAAGUCCCGGUGGUUCGGAUCUGUCAACGAUAGCGCCUUUGAAGACUCGGAAUGAGCUCAUCCGGGCUGCGAAAGAUCUCAUUUACUUGGCUAUGGGCCCAACGGAUCAUGUUCUUAGUCCAGCAUGGUCGGCAGGGGAUUAUGCCAACUUGGACCUCUUGACACGUUUUCAAAUCCCACAACUAGUCCCGUUGGACUCUUCAAUCUCUAUGUCAGAUCUUUCCGCCGCCGCCAGUCUACCUGAAGAUGUUCUCGCUCGGGGUAUCCGCUAUGGUGUCGCAAAUGGACUGUUUCGGGAGAUUGCCCUAGAUCAGAUUGCGCACUCGUCGGCAUCGGCAGAACUACAUAACAAUGGUCACCUUCGUAAUGUUGUGCACUUUGGUGUCCAAUUCCUGCAGAAGAUUUUGAUGUCUAUUCCAUCAGUGAUGGUCGUGAAAGAAGAUAAAAGUACUGACAAGGUUCCGGAGAGCGCAUUCAAUCUCGCAUACAACACGGAGGAAAACCUGUUCGAAUAUUUUGCGCAUUCGAAAGACUUGAACACGAAGUGUCACGAAUAUCUCAUUGGUCGCGUCAAUACACCUUUGUGGUCCAUGGAUCGUCUUCGAGCAGCUUGGGACUGGGUCAGUCUCGGGCCCAAGACGAUUGUCGAUAUAGGUAGAUCAUCUGGGCAUACAGUCUUAGCAAUUGCACCAUUAGCUUCCGAGGCUGAGUUUAUCGUCCAGGGCAACAAUGUCGACGCAUUAGACAUGGGAAGAAAGCUCGUGUUGCUUUCUGCUGAGCCAGGAGUUGCAUCGCGAAUUUCUUUUCAGAGCCAUAAUUUCUUCGAACCUCAGCCAGUCAGUGCAGAUGGAUACAUUUUGCGGCAUAUUCUCCACGAUUGGAAUGACGAGGAUUUGGUUUCGAUUCUCAAGGCCCUUUUGCCUUCAAUCAAGCCAGGGGCAAGAGUCUUCAUAAGCGAAGGCAUUCUGCCCGACCCACCAGCUCAGCGACUGAACACUCUAACGGAAAAUAUGAUCCUGAUUGAGGACCAGUUCAUGCUGGCGGCCCAUGAUGCUCGCGAACGAACUGUCGGCGAUUUUGUCCGCCUGUUUCACACAGCUAGUCCGAAAUUUCGUCUGGUGGGUGUAACAUCUGGGGUUGAAGCAGGUGCCUUCCAAUCGCUGUUAGAAUUUGAGUUCCAAUAA